CUUCCUCCCCAUCCCGCUGCCGAGAGCCCCAACCCCCUCGCUCCGUCGCGAGUAUUCCUCCUCGCGCGAGCGCCUCCACCGCCGGUAUCUAUCUCCCCUUCGAUUCUCUCGCUCCCGACCGUUUCUCCUCCCAUCACCCCACGAACUGAUCCCGCCCUUUGGCUCCCCAUUUCAGCUCCUUCAUCUUCCCCAAUUCGUAACCGAGGCAAAAAUCAAGGUAGGGCGGCCGCCCUACCUUGUCCUACCGGGUCCUCCGCCCUUGGUGGUGGCAGCAGUAGCCCAGCCGCCGGUCGCCACCAUGUGCGGUAUCCUCGCUGUCCUCGGCGUCGCUGACGUCUCCCUCGCCAAGCGUUCCCGCAUCAUCGAGCUCUCCCGCCGGUUACGGCACAGAGGCCCUGAUUGGAGUGGCAUACACACAUAUCAGGAUUGCUACCUUGCACACCAGCGGUUGGCUAUUGUUGAUCCCACAUCUGGAGACCAGCCAUUGUACAAUGAGGACAAAUCAGUUGUUGUCACUGUGAACGGAGAGAUCUAUAACCAUGAAGAACUGAAAGCUAAUCUGAAAUCUCACCAGUUCCAAACUGGUAGUGAUUGUGAAGUUAUUGCUCACUUAUAUGAGGAAUAUGGGGAAGAAUUUGUUGACAUGUUGGAUGGCAUGUUCUCUUUUGUGCUUCUCGACACGCGUGAUAAAAGCUUUAUCGCUGCUCGUGAUGCAAUUGGCAUCUGUCCUUUAUACAUGGGCUGGGGUCUUGAUGGGUCAGUUUGGUUUUCUUCAGAGAUGAAGGCAUUGAGCGAUGAUUGCGAACGCUUCAUAUCCUUCCCCCCUGGCCACUUGUACUCGAGCAAAACAGGUGACCUAAGGAGGUGGUACAACCCACCAUGGUUCUCAGAAAGCAUUCCCUCAACUCCUUACAAUCCUCUUCUCAUCCGAGAGAGUUUUGAGAAGGCUGUUAUUAAGAGGCUGAUGACUGAUGUGCCAUUUGGUGUUCUCUUGUCUGGUGGACUUGAUUCUUCAUUGGUGGCUUCUGUUGUUUCACGGCACUUGGCAGAAACAAAAGUUGCCAGGCAGUGGGGAAACCAACUCCAUACCUUUUGCAUUGGUUUGAAGGGUUCUCCUGAUCUUAAAGCUGCUAAGGAAGUUGCUGACUACCUUGGCACAGUGCACCACGAAUUACACUUCACAGUGCAGGAGGGCAUUGAUGCACUGGAAGAAGUUAUUUACCAUAUUGAGACAUAUGAUGUAACGACAAUAAGAGCAAGUACCCCAAUGUUCUUAAUGUCUCGUAAAAUCAAAUCGUUGGGUGUGAAGAUGGUUCUUUCAGGAGAAGGUUCAGAUGAAAUAUUUGGUGGUUACCUUUACUUUCAUAAGGCACCAAACAAGAAGGAAUUCCACGAGGAAACAUGCCGGAAGAUAAAAGCUCUCCAUUUAUAUGAUUGUCUGAGAGCGAACAAAUCAACUUCUGCCUGGGGUCUUGAGGCUCGUGUUCCUUUCCUUGACAAAAACUUCAUCAAUGUAGCAAUGGAUAUUGAUCCCGAAUAUAAGAUGAUAAGACGUGACCUUGGCCGGAUUGAGAAAUGGGUUCUACGCAAUGCAUUUGAUGAUGAUGAGAAGCCCUAUUUACCUAAGCAUAUUCUUUACAGGCAAAAGGAACAAUUCAGCGAUGGUGUUGGGUACAGUUGGAUUGAUGGAUUGAAGGACCAUGCUAGUGAACAUGUGUCGGAUUCCAUGAUGAUGAAUGCUAGCUUUGUUUACCCUGAAAACACACCCACAACAAAAGAAGCUUACUAUUAUAGGACAGUAUUCGAGAAAUUCUAUCCCAAGAAUGCUGCUAGGUCAACUGUACCAGGAGGCCCGAGUGUGGCAUGCAGCACUGCUAAAGCUGUUGAAUGGGAUGCCGCCUGGUCCAAACACCUUGACCCCUCCGGUCGUGCUGCUCUCGGUGUGCAUGAUGCAGCUUAUGAAGAUUCUCUAGAAAAGGCUCCUGCAUCCGCAGAUCCCGUCUCAGAAAGCGUUUUCCGUCCAGCCCAUGGGGAAAGCCUAGCCAAAACCGUUGCUCCAGCCGCUGCUGUUUGAGCUCCAUGGUCCCAUAAAAUGCUUUAAAAAAAUGUUGUUUAGUUUUGUUCCAGCUUAAUCAGCAGCUUGUAGUCAGUUCCUUAAGUCAUGCAGUGUAGAAAUUGACUUGUUUUCCUUGAUGCUUGCCAUAAUGUUUCGGUUCCAUAUGCACUAAGUUCGUUUAUGGGCUGAGCAUCGCAUUGUAAAUACAUCUCAGUGAUUGAUAUUCUUCAGUUGGUUAAUUUCAAAGUUUCAUUAGACUCCUA